AAGGCAUGGGGUUCAAUCUCAGUAUGGGUGUUUUCGUUGAUGGUCCGGCUAUCUGGCUCUCCGAUGGUGUCAAUAUCCCCAUGUUCAAUGAGAAAGAGGUGUAUAAGCUGUCAAUUGAAGCUGUUUGUGGAUUGGCAUGGCCGCCGGACAGGUUCAUAAUCCAAUUGCUGGAUGAUUCCACAGACCAAUUGUUAAGGUACCUCAUGCUCAAAUUAAUUACAUUUACUAAUUUGCUUGAACUUUGUUUUCUUGUAGAAAUUUUACUGAAUUUAAGAGGUGUGGUGUUAAUGGAACCAAUCUUCCUACUGUUUUGGAAGUGCUUAAUUCUAUUCUAGUUUCUGUUUUGCAAUAUUAUUUGUUACACAGUUAGUAGUGAUGGAUUUGAAAUUAUGUGAGAGAUUAUUUACAUUUCUGUUUGGGUUCAUCCAUUUUUUUUUCAAGGGGCUUAUUAUAAUCUUUUUCCAAUAUAGUUCACUGUGCCCUUUAUCAAGAGUUGUUUGGCUUGGCUCUAAAAAUUGCACCCCAAGUCAUUUUAGAAUUGCCGUACGUAACAUAUGAUCAUGCUGCUUACUAUCUCUUAUUUGGUGAAACUAGGUUUCUAGGGUGUUCAACUUUCCUUGUAAGAUUUUUAUUGUAGGAGCGUAUCCUUUCGGAUCAAGAGAGAGUCAUGACUCGGACAUGGUACAAUGACGAAAGAAAUAUAUGGGAAAUUGAUCCAGUGGCAGUUCCUUUUGUUAUUUUAAAGAAGCUAAUUUAAUGUGCUCAGAUUAGGCAUGACUGGGUUGUCAUGGAUAUUGCACUUAAGGGCGAUGAUAAGAAAUAUCUUGUUGAUAUCAAUGAUUUUGCUUAUCUAUAAUUAA